AUGUUGGCUGUCGGCCUCUCUCUCUCCUCUCUCCUCCUUUCUGCGGUUCUCGCACAAAGCAGUUUGUCAACAUCCUCCGGCACAUUGUCUACUGCUCCACCCACGACCACGAUUGCUACGGCUGUCCCAAGUCCAUCGUCGCCUCUUGCGUCCCCGUUGCCUUCUCAAGUUGCCUUGCCACCUAAACAGGCUUGGUGUCUUUCUCAAAUCUUCUGUGCUGGAUCGUUACUUCAAACGGUUAACAUUGCGAACGUGUACGCAGACCCCAAAACAAUUGUGGACAAGGCAUGUUACAAAAGCGCACAAGCAGUGCUUGCAGACUUCCAGAAUAUCUCUUCCGGGACCACAUAUGGCGAAGUUGUGAAUUUUCUUAACUCGGACUUUAAGGGAGAAGGACUCGAACUGGAAGCUCUCACUCUGACCAACUUCAAUGCCAACCCAUCUUUCUUGAACAACGUCUCCGACCCUCUUGUCAAGGCGUUCUCCCAAACUGUGCACAGCUUUUGGACUCAACUCAUUCGAGAAACCAACUCGUCAACUUUGUGUGGAUCAAGCGGAGAUUGUGAGAGUAGCCUGAUUCCCCUCAAUCAUACCUUUGUUGUACCUGGUGGUCGCUUCAGAGAGCAAUAUUAUUGGGACAGCUUUUGGAUCGUGGAGGGUCUUAUUGAAUCAGAGCUGUUUGACAUCGCCAAUGACACACUCCAAAAUUUCAUGGAUGAGUUGGAUACCAUCGGAUUUAUCCCAAACGGAGGAAGGAUAUAUUAUUUAAACAGAUCUCAGCCGCCUCUUUUCAUCCAGAUGUUGGCGCGUUAUAUCACAGCAAGCGGCGAUAUCAGUAUUCUCACUCGUGCUUUACCUUUAGCAGAGAAAGAGCUCAAAUGGUGGGACGACAACCGAUCCGUGACCGUCAAGAGUCCCUUUACCAAUCAAACAUAUACAAUGCAUCGUUAUGCCGUCAACAAUACCGCUCCUCGUCCAGAAUCCUACCUUACGGACUACACCACGGCGAACGCGGCUGCUCAGGGUCCUACUUUGAAUGAGACUCAACGCUCAGCAUUGUACGCCGAACUUGCGAGUGGUGCGGAAACUGGUUGGGAUUACACCGUUCGUUGGUUUCUACACGGCAUCAAUAGUACCGGCGGUUUGAGGGAUUUGAAUGUUCGCAGCACCGUUCCGGUUGAUCUGAACAGCAUCCUUUACAAAAACCACCUACUAUUGGCUGGUCUUUACGGCAAUUCCUCUGCCGAUCAGGCCGCAGUUCAGAGGCAUCAAGCUGCCGCCGCUUCGCUUAAGAGCGGUUUACUCGAUCUUUGCUGGGAUUCGAGCAAGGUUGCUUUCUAUGACUUUAAUCUCGCCACAAACACGAGAAACGACGUCUUCAGCGUUGCUGCAUUCUAUCCAUUUUGGAAUGGCAUCAUCCCGGACCAGAUCUUGGCUGACGCCAAGUCCGCUUUUGCUGCCUUCUCCUCGGUCAAUAUGGUCCUCAACCGCUAUAAUGGGACUUUUCCCACAACUUUCAUCGAUACAGGACUUCAAUGGGAUGCUCCCAAUGCCUGGCCUCCACACCAAUACAUUCUAAACGGCACCGUUGUCAAUGGAGGAAAUGCGACAUCUGGCGAGGGUUGGGCCCAUGCGCUCCAGAGGCAGCUUGCGAAUCGCUAUAUAGCCAGCGUGCUUUGUAGUUGGCAUGCAACUGGUGGAUCGAUUUCUGGCAUUUUGCCCAGACUCUCCGGCGCUGAAUUGAACAUGUUUGAGAAGUUUUCGAACGUCGAUGUAGACUCUGCAGGCCGAGGAGGCGAAUAUACCGUCCAGGCUGGUUUCGGAUGGACAAACGGUGUCGUACUUUGGGUGGCGAGCAACUAUGGCGGGGUACUGGCCGCACCGCAAUGUCCAGACUUGUUGACGAGCCCUCUCGCGGCAGGCUCGUCUUCUAGCGGUGGUGGUGGAAAGACAAGUGGAGCAGUGCUCGGGAAACCAUGCGCUCGAGUGCUCGGUCUGUCAGUGCUCGCUUUGGGACUCGUAGCGCAUCUUGUGUUAUAG